AUGGAGAAACGUCCCGAUGGUUCGAGGCUACGAAUACCGACGCCCCAAGAACAAGGAACGUCGCCCUCCUGGGAGCAAUUUGUGAGAGAAUCAUUAGUGCAGGCUGCGUGGCCAGUGGCACUCGUGGCUCCUCCACGUCGUGCUCUCACUGUGGACCACCAUUCAUCAGCGAGCGAGCUGAUCUCGAGACGUGGCGUAUUCUCCCGAAGACAGUAUGGAUCCGUUGAACAGUUGUCAGCGAGUGGGGAGCCUGGCAGCGGUGCGGUGGAUGCGGUGGCACGACGCUACCGUCUGGAAAACGGGAAUUCGCUCGGAGAGAAAGACGAGUUAUUUGGACCACCGAGCGCUCCGGUACUUGAGAAUCCCGAGUUCCAAACAAGAUGGUACUUCAAGUAUUUUCUUGGAAAAAUGCAUCAGAAUUACAUAGGAGUGGAUGGCAGCAGGGAGCCGUACUUAUUAAGUGUGGUCCAGGAAGGCGGUGCUGGGCUUUUACGAGCGAUACUUUUCAACAAAAUGGGUGCUCACAAAAUAUAUCUACCACCAAGUGCGUGGAACACAAGUGGAGGGCAAGCACCGACGAGACCGACAGUAAAGCAGAUCCUAGCACAGUUCCCCGCUAUGGAGAGAGUCGACAAAGUGCCGAGAGAGAUCACAUGUGCAGAACUUCAAAAAGACAUACUACUCUUAGAAGAACAAGAGGGAUCAGUAAACUUCAAAAUAGGUGUUAUUUUAAUGAACCCUGGCCAAAAGACUGACGAUGAAAUGCUCUCAAACGAGAAGGGAGACGAGAAAUGGGACCGAUUUAUUUCACUUUUGGGCGACAAAAUUCGAUUACGAAGCUGGAACCGAUUUCGUGGAGGACUCGAUGUCAAAGGUGACAUGACUGGCAGCCAUUCCAUUUACACGAUGCACCAAGGACACGAGAUAAUGUUCCAUGUUUCCACAAUGUUGCCAUUCUCUAAAGACAAUAAGCAACAGCUCGAGCGGAAGAGACACAUAGGCAACGAUAUAGUGAACAUCAUAUUUACUGACGACUCUGUUCACAACACAUUCAACCCGCAAUGCGUCAAGAGUCACUUCACUCAUAUUUUUGCUGUUGUGUCCGAAGUGGAGGGAGAGGGAUAUAGGCUCAGUGUAUACAGCGAUGAUACGGUUCCUCCCUUCGGACCCUCCCUGCCUUGCCCGGCUGUUUUUAAUGACCCGCAACUCUUUAGGGAUUUUUUAUUGGUAAAGCUCAUGAAUGGCGAAAAGGCAUCAUUCCAAACACCAACAUUUGCUCUCAAACGGCAACGCACUCUGGACACGCUAAUACGAGACAUUUACGCCGAACACUGUUCCGAUCAUAAGGUGCCGAUGCUAUCUCGUCGCGCCCUGUCGGACGUCUGGUCGGGCGGGGCGAGUGCCGGCGGGGCGGGCGCGGCUCGCACCGAACGAUUCCUCCACGUGGGACAGGCGCUCAAACUGGAUGCCGUGCUCCGAGGAGAUGCUCCCACCAGUCUCGUGUCCACUGGAUCCGGCGGUUCCCGUCGAGCACCUUGGGAAGGACGUGUAUGGCGAGCGGCUCCAUUGCCUGCAACGCCAAUUUGUGCAGAACAAAUGGCUGAAGGGCGAUUGUUGUUAUCAACUACUUCCAAUACUUAUAUAUUAGAAGAAAGCGGCACAACUAGAGUGGUCCUCCGAUGGGAGGGUUGCGUGCGCGCGGCUCGUGUGAGCGAGCGCGCCGGGUUGUUCCGCGUGGGGACGCGCGCGCUGGCCGGCAGCGGGACCGCCACGAGCGGAGCAGGCGGCGCGGGCAUGUAUGCGCUGCCGCUGUCGGAGCUAUGCGCGGGCGCGUGGGCCAUGCGUCCGCUACAGGACUGCAAACACGCACGCCUGCCUCGCACAAAAACCGCACACUAUUUUGACCUACUUGAAUCGGGUGAAAAUGGUAAAACUAUACUUGCAAUAGCUGUUGGUAGAAGAGUGAUGCUUAUGACAGAAGAAUCAAAGACUGAUAAUGAAAUGGGUUUCGAAUAUACACAUAUCAAAGACAUCCAACUAAGCGAAUCACCUGUAUUAAUUAAACUGAUGGACGGUGAAGUAGCGACGAUGGUGGUCGGCUACAAGCACCACUGGGAAGUGCUGGAAACUAGUGCUGGACAGUCUGUAAAACGUGUAGAAAACUCCGAAGACAGUGGACCUCGUCGCGGUACACUAGUCAAUGCUCUUCACAUCGGGGAUGAAAGGGAUGGACAGAUAGUUCUAUGUUACAACCACACGUGUCAUUUCGAAAGAUUAACUAGUAAAGGUCUUGAAAGCGACGGCGAAUAUGACUUCCAUUGGACAACUGUGCCAGCUGCUGUUGUGUGUGCUUUCCCUUAUAUUAUGGCGUUUGCCGAGGACUUGUUAGAAAUAAGAUUGGUAGCAAAUGGGUCGCUUGUUCACGCGGCUUGUAUUCCAGGACUGAAGUUGCUUUGUGGUAGAAGGGAUAUCUUCUACGUGGCGUGUGCCCCGGAGUACGUGCCGCUGAGCCGCGAACUCGACCAGAGUCUGCUACAUGAAUACGAGCUGGCUCGACACGCGGCCUCCAAGCAACCGCUCCCACCGCACCCGCCAUACUCCGUCGACGAGGACGACAACGACAAGGCUGAGUCCAAAGAUAACAACCGUACAUCGGAGGACAACUCUGCGUCCAGUCGAAGCAGCUCAAUAUCAUCCGAGCAAGAGAACAUCCGACCGCCGCUGCAGCGCAUGGCGCCAGUCUCGCCGCCUAGUUCGCCACAGGUGUUACCAGAAAACAGUGGACGUUGCGUGCGCAUCUAUAAAAUCCCGCAGAGUAACCUCAGCGCGGGCGCCUACCAGAGGCAGUCCGUCUCCGCGGACCAAGUCGUCACUUCCUACUUCUCACAUAGGCCAAAUAGUAUCCGGCAAAGGCUAGCAGAGUUGAGGCUAGACAGCAAGUCGAGGGGCGGAGGCGACGACGAAACUUUAUAA